AUGUCGUCAUUGGCCUCCCAGUUGGCCCAGAUCGCCGCCAACUCGCGGUCGACCCUCAACACCAAGGUCCUCAAGGCCGCCCACUCCAAGUCCUUGAUCUUCGAGCCCCGCGUCGCCGCCACCCAGACAUACCCCGAGAUCUACUCGAUAUGCCUCGAAGGCUUUGAAGAGCUAUGCAAUCUUGAUUCACGCUUCGCCAAGUUUGCCCAGUCGCUAUGGAGCGAGCAGAGCCAGGAGGCCGACAGGACACAGAUGACCGCUGCUGAGAACGCUGCCCUCGAUAAGCAUGUUGAGGCCUUCCUCCACCUCUGUGGCAGCAGGUUGCGUCUCAUGCCCACCAUCAAGGCCAUUGAGUGGUUGAUUCGCCGGUUCCGCAUCCACGAGUUCAACACCGCUGCCCUCAUCGCUACCUUCCUCCCAUACCACACCAUCCCGGCCUUCGUGACUUUGCUGUCCAUCCUGCCUGCCAACAUCCCUAAGGAGUACCGCUUCCUCGACCCCUACAUCCGCUCUCUGACCGCGCCCCCUCGCGCCGCCAUUGUCCAGCAAGCGACGAACCGCCCCGAGCUUCUUACCGCCAUCUCCCAGUAUACCCUCGACUCUUGCAAGUACCAGAUGGAGUACCCCGGUCUCAUCUCGUUCUGGGGUGGUGUCAUGGUCGAGGCCACCAACGGUCUGCUCGACAAGUACCGUUCCGGCAGGAGAAGCAUCCAGAUCGAGAACGACAACGCCCUCAUGCAGCAGCUUGCCCCUGUUCUCAGCGAUGCCAUGGUCAUGAAGAGCUCCCCUGGUCUCCAGAUUGCCAGCUACAUGGUGGUCACAAUUCUUGCUGCCAAGGGCGGUCUUGCUGACAAUGCUCUUACGGCCUUCAUGGACCAGCUUGUCCAUGGCUGGACUCCCGAGACGAUGCGCCCUGGUCUCGUCACCCUCUGCAUCAUCUCCCAGCACCGCUCCGCCAAGCAGCUUUCUGCCAGAGUCACCAAGGCUCUCCUCAAGGUUCCCGAGCUUGCCUCCGUUAUGAACCAGAUUGGAAAGGACCACAGAGUCGAUAAGCUGGCCAACGGCCUUGCUCUUGCCUUGGUCGACAGGCUUCACAAGAAGGGCGAUGUUCGCAGUCUGCCUGUGGUCAACUCGCUACUUCUUGGCAACGUUCUCCGUGAAAAGCAGAUCAAGGUCGUCUACAAGUCUCUAUUGGUUGCUGCCCACAGAAUCAACGAUCAGGUUGAUCAGGAUGGCGCGAUUCGCAAGGAGCUUGGCACCAUUCUGGUUAGCUUGUCCCAGGCUGGUGGCGAGGUUGGUGAUAUCGUCCGUGCCACCAUCGAGGAGGUUGACUUCGACAUUGAUGCUCUUGAGUUGACUCUUGGCGCGUCUAUUCGCCCCAAGCUCGCCGUUGAGGAUGCGCCCGAGGCCGCUGCUGAGGACACCACUCCCAAGGUGGACAAGGAAGCGGAACUCGCGCAGAACUUCGAGAAGCUCUCCAAGCUCAAGCCCCAGUCUGCUUCGUGCUUCGCCGAGGAGCCUCUUGAUCUUCUCGAGGAGCUCUACUCGCUCUUUUUGUCCGUUGCUGCCAACGAGACUAACCUCCAGAAGUUCGAUGAGGCCCCCGUUCUCAGCCACCCCCAGGCUCCUACCAGGCUCUUCUAUGCCAGCUUCUACAUGCGUCUCUGGUGCGGCUCUCUCCCCACUUUGGCCAAGGUUGCCGCUCUUGAGCGCGUCAAGAAUCUCCUGAAGGACGAUGAGUUCUCCAAGUUGGACUUCCAGGCCGUCGUUCCCUAUGCCAUUGUUGCUCUUAGCGACCCCGCCAAGAAGGUCCGUCGGGCCGCUGCUGAGCUGAUCACUGUUCUCGGAUCUUUCUACCAGACCAAGCCCAGCAAGGUCCGCCGUGUUUGGGGCUCUGAGGGCCUCUAUACCAAGACUGCUCCUGUCAGCUGGCUGGACUUUGAUGCCGUCAAGGCCCUUCUCAACUCCGUCCUCAUUCCUUCUCUGGAGGAGUCCCUCCUUCAUGAGGACCACAUCUUGGCUGCCCUCACCAACGCUUUGGAGAGCUCCAAGUCCAAGGAUGGUGACAAGAAACACUUGUCCCACUCUACCAGACUCGCUAUCUUCAAGUUCCUUUCCAGCCAUGUUGUCGGAACACCGCUUAUUGCUGUCAAGCUGAGGCUCCUCCAGACGCUCAACCAGAUCAAGAGCAUCUCUGGUACCUCCAGAACCGACCUGCUCCUCCCUCUAUUGCAAUGGUGGGCCCGCUUGUCCGAGGAGGCGGCUCAGCAGCUCCUUGCCCGGGAAGCUGUUGAUGAGGCCUUGGUCAACAACGCUUUCGUCGAUGUCGUCGUUGCCAACAACGAGGCUGGUCUCAAGCUGAUCUUUGAGCUCAUCAACGAUGCCAAGGUUGUUACCCGCAACGGCCUCGUCCAGUCGCUCUUCGGCCGUAUCCAGAAGAUCUGGUCUUCCAUGAAGGCCGAGACCCAGUUCUCCACCGCUCGCGCGCUGCUUACCCUUUCUCAGGGCGUUCACGCUACCGCCUCCGAGCCAAACGCCGUUGCUACCGAGGCCACUGACGUUUUGCACAAGGUUGAGCUGACUACCGAUAUUCUUCUUGACUUCCUCGAGUCCCUGUACGAUGAUAUCAAGAAGGCUACCGAGAAGCCGGCUACCAAGCGUAGGCGUGUUGGCUCCUCUGAGAAGAGCGUCGACACGCAGAGCCCUGCCGAUGUCAGCGCCAGCCUCAAUAAAGCCACCUUCGUUCUCGAGCUUGUUCAGGAGUCUAAGCCUGAGCAGCAUCCUGAGUUGCUUCCCAGCCUCUUCACCACCCUUUCUGAGCUCCAGCACCUCCGUACUGUUGUUGGCUCUGAGCUGGGUUACCUCCAGAGCUUGGUUCUCGGCAGUCUGCUUGCCAUGAUCCCUGCCUACAAAGACAGCAAGGAGCUCACUAUUGACCCCGCGGCUGGUCACGGUGAUAUCCUCGCCUCCUGCAUCCAGCGGUCUUCCAGCCCACGCGUUAUGCCCAUCUUCACCUUCAUGGGAAGCUCUGUCCUCAAGCAGGCUGAUGACUACUCCGCUCACGUUGUCAACCAGACCGUCAAGGAGGUCAUUCCUCCUUUGAUCGAGACCUUCCGCAAGAGCAGGAGGAACCUGGUUGCCAGCACCGCCGAACUUCUCACCAGCUUUGUCGUUGCCUACGAGCACAUUCCUUCUCACCGCAAGCAGGAUCUGUUCAUCACUCUUAUCGAGAACCUUGGACCCGAGGACUUCCUCUUCGCUGUCCUUGCCAUGUUCGUGGACAAGUAUGGUGCUACUGACAACAUGAUUGCGUUCACUACCCAAAUCAUCGGCUCCUUCUCGGUGGAGAUUCAGCUACAGACCCUCAUCAAGCAUUUGGAUAUCAUCAGCGACAUCUUCAAGCCCAAACCUGUCCUCUCCGUUGCUUUGCUCGCCAAGGUCGAUUCCAACUCUGCGCAGGAUGUUGUGAAGCUUGCUCAAAAGCAGCUUACCCUCCUCCCGAAGUUGCUUGCCAACCGUCGUCUGAAACACGAGAUUUCCGCAUUGGCUGAGAAGGACGAUAUGGAGUCAGUCAAGAUCCGCGAGCUCUAUGCCCAGUUCCUCGAGGGCAUCCUCACGCUUUCUGGCACCGUCAAGCCCAAGAGCGACAAACUUUACGACCUCUGCGGCGACGCGCUCUCUAACCACCUCAACCUGCUGUCGAUUGCUGAAUUCAUUAAAAGUGUUGAGGCUCUUCUUGAUCGUCCUAACGUUGUCUUGCGCCAGAAGGUCCUCCGCGCUUUGGAACUUCGUGUGGACAAUGAGAGCACCAACAACCUCAAGUCGAGGGAGGCUUUGCUUGCUUUCUUGCCCCAGCUGACGGCUGUCAUUCGCGAGUCGGACGACAUGAGCUACAAGCACACGGCCGUCAACUGCGUUGACAAGAUCGCCGAGAAGUAUGGCAAGAAGGAUCUCGAUGCCGUCGCUGCUGCCGCCGCUACCAUCGCUGGCGACAGCUGCCUUGGCCAGCCGUCUCGGGAGCUCCGCAUUAUGGCUCUUCUCUGCCUUGCUUCUCUCGUGGAUGUUCUCCAGGACGCUAUUGUCCCUGUUCUGCCCAUUGCCAUCCCCAAGGCUCUUGGCUGCCUCGAGCAGAGCAUCAAGGCCGAGAAGCCCGAUGGUGCGCUGCAUAACGCUGCCUAUGCCUUCAAGGCUGCUCUUGCCCAGCACAUCCCUUACAUGAUCUCGGGUGCCUACCUCGACAGACUUCUUGCCUGCUCCAACGCUUCUGCUGCCGCUGGUCUGGACGAGGAGUGCCGCGCCAACCGCGCCGACUGCCUCCAGUUUGUUGCCAAGCUUAUCGAGGGCAAGGUCCUCUUCACUGCCCUGGAAAAGAACUGGGCCAACGCUGCCGCCUCUGGAUACUCUGCUCUCGAGGAGUACCUCCAUGUCCUCGGCACCGCUUUGGACAAGCACCCCAAGUCCUCCAUCGCCAAGAACACCACCCUCUUCACCGGCAUCUUCCUCAACGCCUUCGAUCUCCGCCGCAGCGGCGUCCUCUCUUCCACUCAGGAGCUGGAGAAGAUCGAGCUCCUCAUCAACGAGACUUCUCUCAAGAUGAUCUACAAGCUCAACGAUGCCGCCUUCCGCCCCAUGUUCUCCCAUCUUAUGGAUUGGUCCACCACGGGUCUGCCCAAGUCCGACCUGGCCGGCAAGGCCCAGCGCCAGGUCAGCACCUACGGCUUCCUGCAGCACUUCUUCGAGAACCUCAAGUCCAUCGUGACCUCGUACGCCGCGUACAUCAUCGACUCGGCCGUCAAGGUCCUCUCCGCCCCCUUUACCAGCGACGACGUUUUCAAGACCCUCCGCUCGCGCGUCCUCCGCACCCUCACCAAGUGCUUCGAGCACGACCAGGACGGCUUCUGGCAGGCGCCUGCCCACUUCAGCGCCGUCGCCCCUGUUCUCGUCGAGCAGUUCGGCCACGCCGCCAACGCCAACAACUGCACCGAGGAUCUGGUGCUCGCCGUUGUCGAGCUGGCUGCCGCUGCCGACAGUAAGGAGCACCACAAGGAGAUCAACUCGGCGCUGCUCAAGCAUCUCCGCUCCGAGCAAGCGGCCGUCCGCUUGGCGGUCAUCAAGUGCCAGCAGGCGCUCACGACCAGACUGGGCGAGGAGUGGCUCCAGAGCUUGCCGGAGAUGUUGCCGUUCAUUAGCGAGUUGCAGGAUGACGAUGAUGAGGUUGUGGAGAGGGAGAACAGGAGGUGGAUCGUGGGGAUUGAGGAGACCCUUGGUGAGAGCUUGGAUAAUAUGUUGCAGUAA